AUGGUUUUUGGAAAAGGCAUCCCGCUGGAUAGCGCUGCAUUGAUGUCGAUAGUGCUGGAAGGCAUUUUAUACGGCUUUUCUGUCCUCAUGUUUAUUGGCACCAUCUGGGCGCUGACAUACAAACGUCACAUGCACGACAUCAAUCGUCCGAUCACUGCUGUGGCCGUCUUGCUGUUGGUACUGAGCACUGCACACAUGGUUUUGGGUAUUAUUCAGACUGAAGAAGGACUAGCGCAGUACCGCGACAAUUUCCAUGGCCGGCCAAAGGCGUCUUUCUCCCGAGGAACCUAUAUGAUCACCGGCGCGAUAUUCGUUUUGCAAACCCUACUCGGUGAUGGGGUAGUGAUUUAUCGUUGUUACGUCGUUUGGCAAACCGUCUGGGUAAUUAUUCUACCCAGCAUACUGUGGUGCGAUAUCGCAGCGACUGGUGUAUACUCUAUCUACAGCUUUUCACACACAACCAGCACCUCUGGACACGUCUUUAGCCAAGAGACUCGCGAAUGGGUCUUGGCAUUUUAUGCCUCGACACUUGCCACUAAUUUGCUGAGUUCAGGAUUACUGGCAUAUCGCAUAUGGAAAAUCGAACGCAAUAUCGCUAGCAGUCGCGCUAUGAAGAUCACCACGACGAGUAUACUACGCGUAGUUAUGGAUGCUGCUAUUUUAUACUCCAUAGCGCUCCUCUGCACAUUGAUCGGUUUGGUCUGCUCGAAUAAUGGAACGCUUGUUAUGUUAAACGUGCUCACACCUAUCAUCUCUAUCACUUUCUACAUGGUGAUCAUUCGUAUCGCGAUGGGUAAAAAUCCUCACUGUCACAUUUUGACUGUCCGUCAUGGGUCGACUACUGGCAGUGAGAACGACAGAGAAAACUCGCGGCAUUAUCCCCUGAAGCCUUUGCAGGUGCAUAUAUCCCAAUUUACUCAUAAAGAUAGCGGCUCUGUGUACAGAAAUGGGAAUCUGGACAGACCGUCGACAGGCAAGUCAGGAUUUGUGGAAGGGACAUCUUGCGACGUGUAG